UUCAUGUUGUUUCAUUCGGGUGAGUUCGUCGCUUCCGUUCGACGGACUUUGUGCGACGUAAGCGGGUGUGUGCGAAAGUAUGAAGUGAAAUCGUACAAAAAGUGUGUGAAAUGUUUAGUGUUAGUUAAUUUUGUGCUAAGUAAUUCAAAAUGAGUGCGAACGGAUAGCCCCGGUUUCUAUAUUCAGUCCAUAAAACACUAAGAUAGUGGUACACGUAACAUUUCGUAUGAACAGUUUCAAAAUGGCUGUGUUUUGAAGGACCCUUUGUCCGCUUUCGUGUUCUUCUUUCAGCAUGAUAGUGGGAUCGUACUGUCAGAAUUUUGACUUCGAGAGGUGAGGGAGAUACCUAAUAAGAUUUAGUGGUCCUGGUGUAGAUACGUGGAGUGGAAAAGUACUGGUUCCCGCCGUAGUGCGGUGGCGGUCGGUUGCUUUCUACGCAAGCGAUACCAAACGCUAGCUUGCAACGUGGAAUGCAUGUCAUGUACACGGAGCCGCCGGCGCAAUAUCGCAGCAGUCAGCCCCAGAGCACGCAGCCAGAGUACCAGCCGGCCGUGUCGCCGGCGCGCCAGCCAGCCAAGAAGCGCCGCGUGCUGAGUCCCAGCGCCCACCACACACCACAGCAGACGCUACCGGACCCCGCCGGCUACAAGGUAAUGAAGACUCUUCAACUAUAUUGAAAAGAAACUGGGAUUUUUAUGAGAGAGCAAGUGUUGGUCAGGCGCCGGGGCGGUCUGCUGCGGCGCGCCCGCCGUGCCGAGUCGCGCGUGCGAUGCGGAGCGGUCCCCGCCGCCCGCGCCCCCGCCCGCUCCGCCCGUGCACUGUGCGAGACCCUGCUGCCGCGACGCGACUGUCGGAGAUAGCAGCGAGCAGGUGCGCGCCCAAAUCCCGAGUGGCGCGGCGGGCGCGCGACACAAGACGGCUCCCCAGGCCGCAACGACGACGGCCCACAGCAAGCAGCUGGCGGCGGGCGGGGCCAACCACCCGCCCCAGCCGCAAGGUAACCACAAACGAUCCGGUUGCGGUGGCGAUGGCGACUACCAGUUGGUGCAGCACGAGGUUCUUUACAGCUCGUCCAAUCGGUACGAGGUGUUGGAGUUCCUCGGGCGAGGCACCUUCGGGCAGGUGGUGAAAUGCUGGAAGAAGGGCACCAAUGAGAUAGUCGCCAUCAAGAUCCUCAAGAACCACCCCAGCUAUGCUCGCCAGGGGCAGAUUGAGGUGUCCAUCCUCUCCCGCUUGUCGCAAGAGUCGGCGGACGAGUUCAACUUCGUCCGCGCGUACGAGUGCUUCCAGCAUCGCUCGCACACGUGUCUCGUGUUCGAGAUGCUGGAGCAGAACCUGUAUGACUUCCUCAAGCAGAACAAGUUCUCGCCGCUGCCGCUGAAAUACAUUAGGCCGAUACUGCAGCAGGUGCUGACCGCGCUGCUCAAACUGAAGCAACUGGGCCUCAUCCACGCGGACCUGAAGCCGGAGAACAUAAUGCUGGUGGAGCCGGCGCGGCAGCCCUACCGCGUCAAGGUCAUCGACUUUGGCAGCGCCAGCCACGUCAGCAAGGCCGUCUGCAACACCUACCUGCAGAGCAGAUACUAUAGAGCACCAGAAAUAAUCCUGGGGCUGGCGUUCUGCGAGGCGAUCGACAUGUGGUCCCUGGGCUGCGUCGUGGCCGAGCUGUUCCUGGGCUGGCCGCUGUACCCCGGCUCGUCGGAGUACGACCAGAUCCGCUACAUCUCGCAGACGCAGGGGCUGCCCACCGAGCACAUGCUCAACAGCGCGAGCAAGACGGCCAAGUUUUUCUACCGUGACGUGGACAGCACGUACCCGUUCUGGCGGCUGAAGACGCCCGAGGAGCACGAGCUCGAGACCGGCAUCAAGAGCAAGGAGGCUAGGAAGUACAUCUUUAACUGCCUCGACGACAUUGGACAGGUUAAUGUACCAACAGAUCUUGAAGGUGGCCAGCUAUUGGCCGAGAAAGCAGACAGGAGGGAAUUCAUUGACCUACUCAAAAGGAUGCUCACUAUGGACCAGGAAAGACGAAUAACCCCGGGCGAGGCGCUGAACCACGCUUUCGUGACGCUAGCUCACCUUGUCGACUAUGCCCACUGCAAUAAUGUCAAGGCUUCAGUACAAAUGAUGGAGGUGUGCCGGCGCUCCGGCGGCGGCGUGGGAGGCGUAGGCACCGGCGAAUACGUGGGGUCGGUGGUGGCGCCGGCGCCGCCGUCUGCGCACCACCUCGCGCUUACCAUCAACCAGCAGCGGCUCCGCGCGGCGCCCUAUGACAACCUGUACCAGCUGUACCAGGGCGGGCGCGUGGCGGUGGGCGGCGCGCGGCAGUACGCCACGCGCGCGGCCGAGCCCUUCCCGCACCAGUUCGUGUCGUCCAUACUGUGCCAGCCGGCUUACCAGGUGCAGCAGCUAGCAGCGGCAGCGGCAGCAGCAGCAGCCGCCCACCACCAGCACGGCGUGGGCGGCGUGGGCGUGGGCGUGGGCGAGCACGUGGGCGAGUGGCGCGCGCCGCUGAUCGUGGAGCCGGCGCCGCUGGAGCCCGACGUGUGGGAGUUCCACCACCACGCGCACCACGCGCCCGCGCCCGCGCCGCACCACCAGCACCACCACACGCACAAGAGAUCGACUAAGCAGCAGGCGAGCGCAGUGCCGCACUAUCAGCCGCACCACCAAACACAUCAAUACAGUAGCCUGGCCAGCAGCGGCGGCAAGAAGGAGCCGACUCAGCUGUCGCCCGUCAAGAAACGCGUCAAGGAGGGCACGCCGCCGUCCCGCCACCGCCACCACCAUCACGACCACACGAACACGCGAGCGGUGAACAGUAGCGCGGGCGCGUGGGAAGCGGCGCCGGCGCCGGCGUGCGGCGCGCACACCAUCACCAUCCGCGACACGCCGUCGCCCGCCGUCUCCGUCAUCACCAUCUCCGACUCGGACGACGAGGGCCCGCCGCCCAACAACACAGCAGGCGGCGCCAGCAACAGCUGCGAAGCGCCGGCGCAGGCCGCGCCCACGCCGCACGCGCCAUCCGUCAUCUGCAGCGCGGCGCGCGACGACCGCGCCGUCAAGCACGAGCCGCACCACCAGCCCUGCCACCAUCAUCAUCCGCACCAGCAACAGCAACAGCAGCAGCCGCAGCCACAGCAACAGCAGCCGCCUCCGCAACCUCAGCCUGUCCAACCGGCGCCUCCUCAGCCGGCGCACGGCAGCACGCAGCGCCCGAGCGGCGGCGCGGCGCCGGCGCAGCCCACGCCGCAGAGCCAGAAGAAGCGCAUCCUGCUCCUCGCGCAGCAGGACGCCGCCAAGCGCGAGCCGCACGAACAUCUGCCGCAUUACGCGCACCACCCGAGCGGCACGACUGUGCGCCAAUCGAACGACUACCAGUGCAAUCAGUACGUGCCAGCACAACACAAAAGGGAUAGUAGCGGAGGCUGCCGCGAGUAUAUGGGCGCGGGCGGCGUGGUGGGCGGCGUGGUAGGCGGCGUGGUCGGCGGCGUGGUCGGCGGCGCGGGAGGCGUGGUGGGCCCGCCUCAGGCGCACAAGCACCCGCCGCACGCCUGGCACCACCACCCGCAUCCGCACUACAAGCCCGGCAGCGGCGGAGUGCUGUCGCCGGGCGGCGGCGUGUCGCCGGGCUACCUGCCGCCGCCGCUCUACGUGCCCACCUACCACUACCACACCGGCGGCGCACACGGCGUGGGCGGAGUAGCGGGCCCGCCGCCGGCGCACCACGGCAGCGGCGCGCGGCUGCCCGGCUACCUGCAGCCCUACUCGCCCACCUACCUCGUGCCGCAGCACCCGCAGCAACACCUCUGGUACACCGACUGAGCCUGCCACGCCCGCGCCCCAGCCACACAGGGGGCAUGUCACGGCCGUGGCGUGGCACUGUCGACGGUGUCACGCUAAAAGGAGACUAAAGUCAUUUGCACAGUUAGCAAGUCUCCGCCAGUGACAAACAAUGGAAUAUCACGGCCGUGUCGUGGCACUGUCAAGGGUGUCACGCUAAGAGGAGACGAAGGUGAUUUGCACGGUUAGUCUCCGCCAGUGUGACAAUAUGUCACGGUCGUGUUACUGUCGAGGGUGUCAUGCUAAAGGGAGAAAACAGGUUAAUAAUGCACCGUUAGCAAGUCUCCACCAGUGUGACAAUGUUUGGAAUGACACAGUCGUGUCACUUUUGGAAUGUCACUCGUGUCGAGGGUGUCACGAUAAAGGAAGAAAAACAGAGGUUAUUAUACAGUGCAGUACCUGGGACCUCGUACACACGAAAAUCAAAUCGUACAUUCGAAACUUAGGAGGACAUUUUUCAGUGUAACCCAGCGGUAAUCAAUUUUUGCAAUUUCACAAUCGAUAUCACCCUAAAGAGAUGUUAUUGAUGUCGCGCUAAAGCGAAAGAAACAGGUUAUUUGUUACAGGAUUGAUUUAGUAAACGCAAUGAUCGUAUUGAAGUAGACAAUACAUUUUUGUCAAGUCCCAUCAUUAUCCAAAAUUCGGAACUACACGAAUCGACGCUGUUACACAAUAGGAACAUUAUUAUUAUGGUCACAAUCUCAUUUUUGUCAAAUCUUAAAUGGACAUUUAGACAGUCAGAAAUGUGUUAGCAAUACUGUAAUAUUAUUAGUCCCUUUAGGUUGACACCCGCGAUAUAUUAAAUAUUCCUCUGUACUGGUGCAAGGGUUAAGGGUGGCCCGGCUGACAGCGGCGGUGUCAGACAUCGCGCAUCUUGAUGUAACGACAGCGGUGGUUCACUCCAAUAGAGUUGUCACAAUCGAAAUAAAAUUUCAUGUUGAAAUGAUUCGUAAGUUACUAAAAAAAUAGUAGCUUAAUUUAAAUAAAAUUGGAAAUGGAUUGUGGAACUACUCUAUUUUAGUUGGCCACUAGAUUGCGCUUUACAGUCCAUUUCAUAAGGUUGAUCGUUUCGGAGAAUAAAAUUGAGUAAAAGAGUACCACUGUGUUGUGAAAUGGUCAGUAAAGUGCCAUUAGGCGUUGGCGGCGGAGGGCUCGGCGCCGCGGAACCAAAUAUAUUCGACCGAUCCUCUCACACUGCAAUUUUUAAUUAAAUCUAUGACUAGUGUGUUACUCGCGCGUUUAUGUAAUAUAUUAAAGUUCCUUUCGUUCUGGGCGGCGCCGACGCCUCGGCUUCCGCCGCCCUGUGUAUUUAUAGUUAAUCGACCCUUUCUGUACAAAUCUUUAUCGUAUAGGAGAGUAUGUUAAAUUAUUUUCAAUCGUACCCGACCUGCCGAGCGGCGGGAGCCUGGUGUUAUACGACGGUAUAAUGUAGGAUGUGUUUAAUCGUAGGUCGGUAUGCGCUACCGACGCGUCUAAGUUAAUUAUCGUUUCUCGUCUAUAUGUAGGCUUAGUGGAAGCGGUUUGUUUCAAAUGUAUAAUAUGGAUUGUAAAUUUCGCGUUAAUUUUUAUUAUUAUUAUUAUUUGCUGAUAAAGCGAAGCGUGUAGGUUGCAUUUACUAAUAUUUUAUCGUAGACAUUAGUGUUUGUACCAAAUUACUAUAUGGGAAUGUAUUAGUAACGAAUACGACGUGAGUCGGUGUGCUUCGCAGUCGAGUGAACUGAUGUAUGUUCGGUUUAUUUAGGAGCUUUAGUUAUUAUGUGACGGUGAUUUUGUCAAUUACAAUUUAUUUUAACUUCAGCGUAGAGUGUGCGAGCGACGAGGAGCGAGUCGGUCGCGGUAGGCAAACAAACAUUAUGCUGUGUUUAUUACUAUAUUCAUAUUAAUUAAAGGGAGUUUUAUAUUAUGUAGAUAAUACGUGUGUAGGGCGCGGUGAUGGAUUACUUGUAUAGGCGUAGAUUCAAGUAUACUAAACGAGGAAAUAAUAAAAAAAAUAUCUAAGAAUUUUAUAAACAUUUAGUACACACUAAUAGUUAACGACUGUAAUGCAUGUAUAUUCACAUUAGAUAGUGCGAAUUGUUAUUUAAAGAGAUGCUAAAUGUUCUUUAUACAAAUUAAAUGCAAUUAAUUUACGACUGCAAUUUAUUUAGUAUAAUUUGUUAGAUGUUUAGAAACGCGAGCCGCCGCCUGCCGGGGCGGCGCGGUAUAUUUAUACAGCCUUCGGAGCACAUUAUGUUAAGUCACACGGUCAUACGUGAAUUGCUGUGAACGUUACUUGAUCCGGCUCGGCAAACUCGUUAUCGGUGGCACGGCGAAGCUAAUGCUACUUACAAAGUUGUAAUACAGUAUUCGUCGCGAAUGGUAUUGUAUCAGUUUUAUAAUGUUUUAUUUGCUGUGCCACGGGUAGCGGCUAAGGCCGAGCGACACUAAGCGCGCGGUUCGCGGCCCGUGAGUCGUAUCGUACAAGUGUAGUCAUAUAAUACAAGUGCGCCGACAAACCGCGCGCUUUAGUGGACGCGAAGCAUUAUAUUUUUUGCUUGUAUCAGUAGAUUUUGUAAUUAGUGCAUUAAGAGUUUUUAUUUAUAAUAAACCACUAUUUAAUCACGGUGCACCCGAUGAUGUAACUUUGGUACAUUCUUUUACUAUUCAAUAUUAAAGAUACGUUUUAUGACAAGACUAUUAUGUAACGUUAAUUUGAAUUAAAGUUCACUAGCUUUGCUGCCUGACAAUAAUGUUAUGUUUAGUUCUGUAUCUCUUACGGUUGUAGAUUUAGUGUUAUGCAUUAUUAUUUUUGUCGUUUUAUCGUACCAACACAGUGUGUCGAUCAAACGUGGCGUGCGAUCAUUCUGACGAGUGAUUUUAAUUCCUUUUGUAUGAAAUUUUACUUAAAAAUAACAAUUAUUUACGGUUCUUCCUUAGAGACCGCCAGGGUGAUAAUCUUAGUUGAUUGCUAUUAGUUUAGUUGUUUGUAAGGGAUUAUGUACUGUGUUUCUUUCAUAUCGCGUGUUUAAUAACUUGUCAGCUUGACGCACGUCACGUUUGCCGUGCAUGGACCUGCCUUGAGUUUUAAACAUACAGAUUUACAGUAAUAUUUUUUAGAAAUUUUAUUUUAAUUUUUGAAUUUAUUUCUUUCGCAUAAAAUUGCGCGAUGUAGGUAUAUUCAACAUAUCGGUAAUAGGAAAACGAUUGGGUUAAAUUAUAAGUUAUAAAGUGAUCUCUGUCUUUGAAUUUACUGGUAACGUUAAAAAUGUAAUUUUAAUUAAUAUAAUUCUUAUUUUAUAUCAGUCAUCGCCGUAUCUGCUAUUAAUCAAUGAAAUUAAUAUACAAUGUGUAACGAACGGAACGAGCAACACGGCUGAAGCUUUUACUGUUCUUAUAUUCGGUUGAGUGGUUUAUUUUUUGUAUAAUUUUAAUUAAAUCCACGGACUACUGUCGAAAUCUCCUUUCACUGUUCGCCGCGCGGCGCGAACGACCCAUGUCACUCGCGCGGGUGCUACGUAAGGAGAUCGGGGUCGUCCUCUGACGCUAUUUGGAAGCUAGUCUAAUCUUAAAUACCAUAAUAAUAAGCAAUAUUUUGGAGCAAUACGCACCCGGGAAUACGGUCCGCAAUGUUGCGACACUAUACUCUUACUGUUCAUCAAAGUGUUGGCCAAUUCAACGAUUGUAUUGACGCAAUGUUGCGGGGCAAUAUUGCCAAAAAUGUUGACGUUAACAAAGGUUGAGGGCAGAGGGUAGUUCCGUAAGAACUCUCGCGGGUCCAUGCUCGCGCGCACCUUGAUCUCUGCCUGCGUGCCUCACGCCACGUACCCGCAAUCCAAGCCUUUUAGUAAUUUAUUAUUUGUAAGGUUUUUUCGGACUUUUGGGGUUUAUUUUUAAGUGUAUUAACUGAUGGAAUGUUAACAAUAACAAUUAUUUUCUAUUAUAUUUUUUUUUUCAUUCGUUUAUAGUUAAUUAAAAAAUCUGCUUACUAUAUCGUGUAGUUGGAGUUAAAUUUUUGCCUUAUUAUUAAUUAGUGUUGUGUAUAUUGGGGCAUAUUCGAUCGUAUGAAAUACAUUUACCAGUAUAAUAAACUGUCCGUCGGCGCGAUACUGUGAUUUACUGAUUGUAAUUAUUACAAAAUAUUAGUUUGUUCGAAACUGACUAUUGUAAAUUUUGGGUUGUUGCAAUAAAAUUUUUGUUCAUGUGUAUAAAAUUGCAUUUGCGAAGCAGCUGGAUGAAUUCGAGCCCGGGCUCCGGCACCAGUAGCGACCCCGCCCCGGGUCGAGCAAUAAUAUAAUAUGUCGACCCAUUAAUGUACAAAUACUCCAUAUAAGAUGUGUAUUAAUUACUAUCAUUUUGUACUGUUUAAGUGCGUACGCAUAUUAGUUCUAUUUCACUGUGAUUGUACUAUUAUAUAUUUUAUUCAUUGAUGAUUGUGGCGGUGAAACUAUUACAGUAGGCUUAUGUUUGAUUUUAAUGAUUUCAUGUAACAAUAUAGUACCUGCAGGUACGAGCCGAGACCUAACUCUGAUGGGUAUUUUAUGUUUUAAUUUAGAUUAUAGGGCUUGUGUAACACAAGUUGAAAUGAUUAACAUGUUUUAAAAUCGAUAUGUGGGGUUAUCAGGGGAUAUAGCACUGAUGUUGCUUAAGUUUUUCUUCAAUAAUAAUCAAAUAGUUAUUAUUAGAGAGCAAAUUGUAAAUAAACAUCCAAAUAUCCCUUUU